AACAACAAUAACAACAAAGCACGUACGAACGAUACACUAGCUAGCAAGCUUCUCCACCACCAAGCAUAAAUUUCUGUGCGGUAUCUAGAAUUCAAAGAUGAAGAUAAUAGUUGUCGAGGUGCACAUGAAAGAUGACAAAUGCAGAAGCAAAGCAAUGAAAAUUGCUGCAGCAUUUCAAGGUGUGCAAUCAGUGUCAUUAGAAGGCGAAGGCAGAGAUCAAGUGGUUGUGACCGGAGAUAGAAUCGAUUCUGUUUGCUUGACAAGUAAAUUGAGGAAAAAGUUCAGCUAUGCAACCCUUUUAAGUGUUGGAGAUGCCAAGGAUUCCAACAAUGAGGGUGGGGAUGUCGAAGGGACAGAGGAAAAAGUAACAACUUCAACAGAAAACUUUUAUGUACCUUAUUCUUAUGCGAACUAUCCCCACCCCUCGUACCACGUCGUUUAUGAUCCAUACCCAUCUAGUUGUUCCAUCAUGUAGAAGGAUUGAAAUCUCCUCUUUUUAUUUGAUGUUCACACUUCUCUAUUUUACCAAUAAAACUAUGUCAUAUAUAGGGGUUGUCUAAACGACUCAUGAUAAAGUUUUAGUUAAAUAACCCAUCAUCCAAUCACAUUGGAGAUAAAUAAGUUGGAAAUAAAUUAAUAAAUAAAAUAUAGAAAUUCCAACUCACUUAUCUCCAAUGUGAUUGGAUGGUAGGUUAUUUAACCCAAACUUUAUUAUGGAUCAUUUAGAGAACCUCCAUAUAUAUAUAUUAUUUAAAAAUCAUACACACCACGUAAGAUUAUAAUUGUUGUAAUGUACCCGUGUGUUACAAAAUUCUGUUUAAGUCUAACAUUUUGUUCAA